GUGUUUUUUUAUCAUAGUAUCUAGUUGUUUAAUUUCCAUUCUGAAGCCAGGCUGGGCCAAAAGAUACGAUUAGCUAUAAAAAUCAGCAUGGAGCAGCAUGUGUAAUCUCUGAUAUGAGGCUGAAAAUGAUACUGAAAUACAACAGAAGUCAGAGACUAUCAGCCAUAUUAUUAUGGAAGAUGAACUAUAAAUAUGAGCAUAUCUAAUUAUUUCAGGAGAAAGAUGCUGGAUGGAAUCUUUAAUCAACUUUCUUAAUAGGGAAGCGAGAGGUCUGCUGGUUUGUAUGGCAAGUUAUUUUAAUACUGCUGUGUUUAAAAUUGUGUGAUUACAGUUACCAAUAACAAUAAGAUGUAGCUCCAGAGGGAAGUCCUAGUGGUUGCAAAAGUUUUUCCUCUUUUAUUUCUCCAACAUUUGUGCUCUCUGAAGUCUCAAGUCCACAUUCUCUAUCCUACAGCUUGGUUUUGCUUUUCAGCUGGAUUUUCAAUCUAUGCCAACGCUGGAAUUCCUAUGGAACUGAAAACAAAACCUUUCAGCUUUCGGAGUAAUUCUGGUAUGUUUUCCUACAUCACGCCAGUGGCAAAAAUACAGUCGGCAAAAGAUUGUGCUCCCUCAACUUCUGACAUGGACAGCUGAGGAAUAUAAAGCCUGAUGGUGACAAAGGGUGAUAAUCUCCUAUUUUUCACUAUUUAUCUCACCGGUUUUGGACUUAGCAAUGGAUAUUCUUUGUGACGAGGAGAGCUCUGCGAACCCAACUGCAAACUCCUUAAUACAAAUAAAUCAUGAGAGAAGACUCUACAGAAAUGUUUAUGGAGCUGGAGAGAUUAAUAUAUCACAUCUCUUUAACUUGACUGUGGACUCUGAAAACCUAACCAAUCUUUCGUGUGAAAGUAACAUGAGUCCACCGUGCUACUCUUCCCUGUUUCAGCUUUCACAGAAAAACUGGCCAGCUUUGCUGACAGUGAUAGUGAUAGUUUUAACCAUUGCUGGAAAUAUUCUUGUCAUCAUGGCUGUGUCACUGGAGAAAAAACUACAGAAUGCCACUAACUAUUUUCUAAUGUCACUCGCAAUAGCUGAUAUGCUGCUGGGUUUCCUCGUCAUGCCUGUGUCGAUGUUAACCAUACUGUACGGAUACACAUGGCCUCUACCUACAAAGCUCUGUGCAGUUUGGAUCUACUUGGAUGUGCUUUUCUCCACUGCCUCCAUCAUGCACCUCUGUGCCAUCUCACUGGAUCGCUAUAUUGCCAUUCGAAACCCCAUCCAUCACAGCCGGUUUAACUCAAGAACUAAGGCUUUUGCAAAAAUAAUUGCUGUUUGGACCAUAUCAGUUGGUAUCUCCAUGCCUGUACCUGUCUUUGGACUACAAGAUGACUCCAAAGUGUUUAAGAAAGGCAGCUGCUUACUUGUGGAUGACAAUUUUGUCCUAGUAGGCUCUUUUGUGGCAUUCUUCAUCCCUCUAACCAUCAUGGUGGUCACCUACUUUUUAACUAUCAAGACGCUGCAGAAGGAAGCUAUGCUAUGCGUGAAUGACAUUGGCCCAAAGACCAAGUUUGCUUCAUUUAGCUUCCUCCCUCAGAGUUCCCUGUCCUCAGAGAAACUCUUCCAGCGCUCUUUGAACAGAGACAUGGGGACUUCUGGGAGGAGAACUAUGCAAUCCAUCAGCAACGAGCAGAAGGCUUCCAAGGUUCUUGGCAUUGUCUUCUUUCUGUUUGUUGUGAUGUGGUGCCCGUUUUUCAUCACCAAUGUGAUGGCCGUAAUUUGCAAGGAGUCAUGCAAUCAAGAGGUCAUUGGAGGACUACUUAACAUAUUUGUUUGGAUUGGCUACCUUUCUUCGGCUGUCAACCCACUCGUGUAUACGUUGUUCAACAAAACCUACCGCUCAGCUUUCUCUCGUUACAUUCAGUGUCGCUACAAGGAGGAGAAGAAACCUUUCCAGCUGAUUUUAGUGAACACUAUCCCAGCACUUGCGUAUAAUUCCAGCCAGCUUCAGCUAGCACAAAUGAAGAGUUUGAAAAAAGAGGCAAAAAUUAUGGCUAAGGAUUAUUCGAUGGUCACGAUAGGAAUACAUCAUUUGGAUGGUACCUCCAAGGCAAGUAUCAGCCCAGCAAACGAAAAGGUUAGCGGUGUGUGACGGUCAGCAGCUGCCAUGACCCCCACCGUGCGUACACUGAAAAUUUCACCUGGCUGUGAGAAGCUCUCAUAGCUUAGGAAAAUCAGCCCUGCUCAAGAGACCCUCCAAUAACAUCACAAACUCCUCAUAUUAUCCUGUGGAUGAAAAGCAGGGUUGAAAUGGUAUCAAAUGUGCAAUUUUUUUUCAUACAGUACUUUGGCUGUUUUAAGCACAGGCUUUAUUAAACUUAUUUUUUUAAUAUUCUAAAGGAUAUAUUUCUUAAAGAAAAAAAAAUGCAAUUUCUGGUAUUAUAACAUGGGCUGUGAAGAAGCCUACGCUUUUCUUUUCUCUUUGUAAAUGAAAGCUAAGCUGUCCUUUGAUGUCCUCGCAGAGUAGGCUCCAGCUAGUUUGUCUUGCUACAAUGGAAUUUUGCUAUCAUCUACUGAAUGAGCACUUUAUGGAAUACUAAAUAAAAUGAUGGUUAAUUUGCUAAUAUAUAUUUAAAAUAAAUUUUAAAGUAUUAAAGAAAAAUCUAUUAAAACCUGUAUAGAUUAAUUAUAUGGACAUUUUGGUGACAGUGUUUUUAUGGCUAUUUUUUUCUUCUGAGUGACCAUUCCGAAAUGUUACUGGGCUUUUCUGCCAUUUGUAGUUCAAAUCAGCACUCUUCAAAGGUAAAUUAUACUUGAAUGAUCCUUUGUUUCUACCACCAUUCGUAAUCUUUAUUUCAUGUCUUGUGCUUUAUUUCCGUUCAGAAAGUUUCAUCUGUUCAGCUUAAAACUUGAAAGCAAUUUUUUCAAAAGUAAUUAUUGGGCUUGAUUCCCUGCUCCUUCCCACUGGUGUUGAUAGGGAAGUGAAGUCAAGUGAGAGAAGAGUGGAAAAUCAGGCACAACAUUGCUAAAUAAUUUCCAGAACGAUUCCACGUCCGUGCCUCUGUUCGAUUCCAACAGAGUCUUAUUUAAGUAAUGUCAGUGGAAGUUUUGCCUGAGUAAAGCCUUCAGUAAAAGGCUGCCGCAGAUCCUCUCUCAUCAUUUCUCUUUGGUUAAAAAGGCCAUUAUGAAGAAUGUCCUUCUGGUUUUUGUUUUAGGGCUUAUAGAGCCAGAAUUAUUAGAAAACUGUUAGUUGCUCAAAAUUGUUUUCCCUGGUUUCGCUGUUUUGCUGUUACGGUAGAUUGCUCAGGAACGGUAGGUAGCUUGCACUAUUAGGACUCAGCCUUAAUGAAAUAUGUAUGGGCAAAUGGGGCCCACUUGAAAAAUAACGGGACUUAUAAGCGGCACUGUAUUUCACCUGCAUAGCUCCAAGGGCAGAAUACAUUACACAAAGAACAUCAAAUACAUUGCUUGACAGAAAUGCCUAGUCAUGAAACUGUUUGCUUUCGGGCAUUAUAGACAAUUUCACUGAAGCCAGUGGGACUCUGCUGGAGAGCAGAAACAGAAAUGUUGCAUCCACCUGCAAAACCUAAAGCCAAGCAUUUGAUUCGUUCCACGAAUUUUACGGCCAUAAUCAUCAGAAGCAGGAUGUAUUCCAGUUUCAGAUCCUAUCCGCUCUGAAAAAAACACUGCCUACCCAGAAGCCAAACUCCAAUGCCUUCAUCAGUCCUUCUCUUGAAGUUGUUCAGUUUUCACAGACCAAUUAAACUUCCACUAAGGCAAAGAAAGAGAGACAGAGAGAAAGUGUAUCUGAUUCUAGCCUACCAGCCGGGGGUCUUUGGAAAAGGAAGACUUUUAGCUUAAAAUACUGAUCUGUGGUAGAAGAGGACUUGAAACUUGGCUGGGUAUUUGGCUGAUUUCCAAGAAACUGCUUUUAUUGUUCUCUUGCCAGUAUGAUAACUAAAUCUGCCGCUUUUAUGAGCCCUUUCCUCCAACGUGGGAUAGGUCAGAGCCACCGUGCGCAGGUGACACAGGAGCUCUGUGUGCGUGAGGUGACACUGGCUCGCUCCGCAGCCCGCAGUCUCCACGCCUGGGUCGAAGUGUCGUGCUGCAGACCCGUUGCAGUGAUGCCACGCGUGUCAUCCAUCGGCUCGUGGCCAUUAGUGGUGUCCCCCCCAAAAAUGGGAAUUCAGGAUCAUCUGAUAAAUCAAGUGGUAUAAAUGCUGUGCUCACCGAGGUGGUUUAUAUGGUCUCUCUGGCUCUGGGUACAUUUAAACACCACAACCAAACUGAACAGCUUCAGCAGAAGGAAAAACGAACUCGCUGCUCCUGCCUCCCUGUGCAUGCCCUGCUCCCACACAGCACCGUGUGAGGGGUGCCACACAGGCACAGAAGGGAUUUCAGGGGGAAUCUGCUAAACACAGCUGAGCAUGAAGACCACCGUAGCAGUAGGUGAGAGCAGUGACUUUCCAUUGUUUCCUGACGAGUUUGAUAUAGACCCUAAAUCAGGGGGUUUGAGCUAAGGACAACGGCCAGCUCGUAUCACACAGGCCAGUCAGGCAAGGGCUGGAGCACUGAUGGAGCACGAGUGGUCCAGGGCAUCCCACGAAACAGGGUAUUCAGGUACCUCCUGGUGUCCAGAUGUCUCCACUCCACAACAGGAGUGAUGGUUUUGAGGAUUCACCCUUGGGAACAGGCACCCCAGGGAAGAAGUAGGCGGUAAUAAAACCAAAGGUCUUUUGCGAGUAGAGGUCUGAGGCUCAGGAUCUGCCACCAAACCAGAUUGCCUUCAUACGAUGAAUACGGACACGGGAUCGCAGGUCUCUAACCCUGCGUGUGAGGGGAAAGGAAACACAGAUGCUUCCACCAGUGGAGGGAAUUGCCAUGUUUUGUGCAAUUUGUGCCCAUCUUGAUGCGAGUGUCUCUGGCCUUGCAAGAGAAAGAAGCCGACGGGACGGAUGGCUCGUGUCCUAUUGCCGAUUUGUGCCAGGGAGCAGAGCCUGCCUGCAUACUGUACUAUGUAUGGCACCCUGCACUUCUCCGAAGUUCAAUUCCCCCCCAAACUCCCGAGGGUCUGGUUGCUGGUCUGCUCAGUCUCCUUCACCAGCUUGCACUUGAUAAACUGUUACUCUGCAUUUAAGGUUCGCUGUUUAUGCUCUCUGCUUACCGUCUGCAUUUCACCCACGUGGCAGAGCAAAUCAGCCCCCCCCGUUUCUCUUUCAUUUCACCUUCUGUUCCCCUUUCACAAUGUCAAAUUGCUCAGGUUGCAAAUACUGACGGGGAAUGUUUCACUACAAACAGAGAGGGUUUCAAUUACUUGCUUGAUGUUUCAUUAGAAGAUGACUCUGAACGAUAAUGUUUUUCCAGCUUAUUAGAAUAAAACCUAUGUUUUGGACCCAAGAGACUUGACAGCAUUUCUUUAACUGACAGCUGGAGGUAACAUAACACUUAUUUUUUUGCUUAGAAGCAGGGAUAUCUGACAUUUUAAUUCUGUGAGCACUCAGAGAGGUGGUUUUAUUGAGUGAUCAGCAGCUUUUGCCUAAGAAGCCUCUUGAAGCCAAGAAUUCACAGCAGAUAAAGACCAAUAUCUCCAGCUCUUUAUGGACAUCUUUGACAGUUUAGCAAGGCCUGAUUCUGCCACCUCGCACCAAAAUGUUAAUAGAAUUUUGUGUGGUUUGCCUUAGUGAGGAUGACAGAGUCAGCGUCUGAAUUUGUUCUACGCACCAUGCCAGAUCUACGGGAGGUUGUUCAUCAGUAGAUAGCAAUUAAUAGAGUCAUUAUACUGCAGACAGAUGACAAAGUUCAGCCAUUUUAAACCAGAAUUUAUAGCACUGGGCCCACACUUGGGAUGAACUCUACAGUUUAGUAUGACCAGCUUCAGAGCAACACUUCCAUCUUGCAAAAAAAUGUGAGUGUUUUCAUUAUGCAUCAGACUGGAAUGGAAACGUCUGUAAUUUUCCAGGCAAAAAAAAAGAAGACAUUCACACAGACUAGCUCAGAGGUUAGGGCCUUCCCCUACCUUACAGGAAAAGCAUGCUGAGGCAGCCUGUCACAUCUGAAUCCAAAAAACCCACUUUGUCUGAAAAAAUGUUUUAAUCCUCAAUUUUUCAAGUAGAUUUACAAUUUAUUAUUGUUAAGGCUGCAUCUGAAAAAUGUCCAAAGACAUGAAGCUCACCACAUACCUCCUAAGCUGGUGUGCAUCCUUUAUACACUUCAGGGUAAAAAAUCCUAUGUAUCUAUCCCAUCCAGCCAACCAUGCACUGUACUUAUGUAAUUAUUGCCAGACGGUGAGAUGCAUUCUAUUUUGAAUACCUAUAUGUUUGCUUAUGUAAAUACAUAGAGAAAAACGUUUGCUGUAUUUUGUAAUGUCAACGUAAAAUGGUGUUCCAACGCUUUAUUGUUUUGUCAGAUCCCACUGCCAGUAAAGCAGAUUAAAAGAUUUAAAUGCCAUCAGUUGUUUUACAAACUGGA